GGCAUCUGAACGUGUUACCUUUUUGUUUGGUGGUGCUGCAAUUGGCGCCAUAUCUAUGGCUGCCUACCAAAAGUUCACACAAAAACCUCGCCCUGCUGCCAUGAUGGUACCUGUAGCCCAGACUCAACCUCAACCUCAGGCACCAAAGCCCAUCACCAACAUGCCUCAACAAACAGCACCACCCGCACGCCCAAUGUCUUCCAUUGAGAAGGCGAAGACAAUUCUUCCUUUCGGAUUCCCCGGCCCUGUCAGCGAUCUGAUUUAUCGUGAUGCCUAUGUUGUGUCUUACAACCGCAGAGACAGAAAUCCCAAUUGGGUUGCUGAACACCUUACACCUGCCUCUCUUAAGAGAGCAGAAGGUGUUGAACGCAGUAAAUCCGCUUUUAAAGAAGAGGACAGCGUGCCUCCUCAAUUCAGAGCUCGUUUGACAGAUUAUUAUAAGAGUAACUUUGACCGUGGCCACAUGGUACCCGCUGCCGAUGUCAAGAACAGUCAGCAGGCCAUGAAUGAAACUUUUUACCUCUCAAACAUCGCUCCUCAGGUUGGAGAAGGUUUCAACAGAGACUAUUGGGCUCAUUUCGAAAACUUCUGCCGCUCUCUCACAAAAACAUUCCCUGAUGUGUAUGUGUUCACGGGACCUCUCUACCUUCCACAUCAGGAAAAUGACGGAAAGUUCUACGUCAAGUAUCAGGUCAUCGGCACAAACGGCGUUCCCAAUGUCGCUGUCCCCACUCAUUUCUACAAGGUGAUCAUGACCCAGCGCGACGGAAAAUACAGUACGGCUGCUUUUGUAUUGCCUAACCAGCGUAUACCAGACGAGACUCCUCUCGAAACAUUCAAGGUUCCUAUUGAUGCUGUUGAACGUAGCGCUGGUUUGGUUUUCUUUGACAGAAUGGGUGAUGCCAAGGCUGGUUUGAACGACCUUUGCAGAGAAACACAAUGCAAGAUCGUCCUCUCAAAAUUCCAUGAAGCUCAAAAGAAUAAGCAAAUCACUGCUUAAAAAGUAAUAAUAAUAUGAAUUUUUAUACACUU